AGGAGGCGUGGCAGGACGCGGGCGGCCUCAAGCAGCACCACGUACUCGUGUCGACGGCCGAGAUGGCCCGCAAGGCGAUGGUGGACCACGCGUUCCUGUGCGAGGCGAAUUGCAGCCUAAUCCUGUUCGACGAGGCGCACCACGCGGUGCGGGGCCACCCGUUCGUCCAGAUUGUGGCCAGCCUCGGCCCCAGUGCGGACGUCCGCAUCGUCGGCCUCACCGCGUCCUUCCUCCACGGCAAGCUGUGCGACCCGCAGCGCAAGCGUGCGCUGCUGGAGCUGAACCUGCGUAGCAGGCUCUGGGUCCCCAAGGAGGAGGAUCGAUGCAGGGGUACAGCCUGGACCAGCACUUCGAGCGGGUGCCCUACGAGGAGUCGGACAUCGAUGCCGCCUGGGCCGUGGAGCGGACCGAGCAGAUCCUGGCGGCGGCGCUGGAGGGCGCCCCCGACGAGGCGCGGAGCGCGCUGGAGGGCAACGCCAAGAAAGCCGGCGACGUGCUCGUGCUCCUGGGGCAGCUGGGGUGGUCCUACUUCGUCGCACAGGUCCCAGAGAAAACACGCGGGGCGUUCCAGAAAGGCUUGGCCUUCGGCUCAUCUCGCUUUGGGCGGAAUGCGGCGGGAUUAAAACGGCGGCGGCUGCGCUGGCGGAAGCUCGGCGGAUGGCGGUGGAAGCAACAAGAAUCCUUCCAAGAGAUGUUUACUCUUGGGGGAUCCGGGAUUUCUGCAUCGGGCCGCACAGCUACGGGUCCCAAUCCCUCUCGGGUUUGACGACCUCCCUGAGACGGGGAUACCAUGCACACAUUUCGUUUGGAGGGCACGGAAGCUUCGUGCAGCAUGUCCGUCCCCUGGGAGAUUCUCAGCGCACGGGGGGAUAACUUCUGUGUCCGAGUGUAUUUCUGGGAAGAGGCGCUGUGCCCAAUGGCGCGUGCAAAGAUGGAGGCGAAGGCCAGGAACAUUGACAACACCAAGACCAAAGAGCAGCUCCAGGAAGCCAUGCAGCACCUGAGUGAUCUGCAGCAGCGCCUGCUCUCAGCAUGCUCGGGCGGCGCGAGCGCCGCGGAGGAAGGGGUGGAAGGGGAGUGUGACGAGGAGGCCAACGCACCGGCGCCGCGCUACUCCGGCAAAGUGGAGGCGUUGCUCAGCCUUCUGAAGUACCUGAGCGAGGAGGCCGAUGACUCGGAGCAGCCGCUUCGUUGCAUGAUCUUCUGUGAGCGCGUGGCGACUACCUACCCGCUGUCUUACCUGAUCAACGACUUCUUAGGGAAGCAAGUGAGCUUGCCCGUAAGUGGUGUCAGUGCCAUGACGGAAAGCGUCCGGAAUGCCAAUCUGGAGGCCUUCAAUGUCGGGCGAGUUGGGAUGUUGGUUGCCACAAGUAGCCUCGAGGAAGGUAUCGACAUUCAGAAGUGCAACGUGGUUAUUCGCUUUGACAUCUUCCACAACGUGAAGUCGCACGUGCAAGGUGCAGGCCGGGCCAGAGACAAGAACGCGCGCAUAUACUAUUCGAGACGCCUCCGGCGGGACGCGGAGCUGAUGCAGGAGGUCGCGAGGGACCCCGCCUGCCCCUCCCUGGACCCGCCCGUGGCCGCUCACCACGCGGGAGCGCAGGACCAGACGGCCAGGAGCCGGCGCCGCCCGCGCCGGGUGCCCCGGCCGCCGCGGGCGGGGCGGCCUGCGGGGGCGCGAACCAUAAGGGCCGGCUCAACGAGCUGGCGAUGGGCGCGCUGGGGCGGUCGCCGGCGGGCAGCGAGGUGGAGUACGUCACCGCUCCCGCGGUGCCCUUCGUCUGCAC